AUGAAGAAGAAUGAAUAUAUGGUUUCUGAAUUGAUAGAUGUAACAAAUCUGUAGGAGUUUCUCUUACUUUCAUUUUUUACUAUAAUAGGAUUAAUUUUGUUUUGGUAAGUUUGGAAGGAUUAUCAAUCCACUAAAAGAAUUUAUAUUAAGAGGGAAUAAGAAAAAAUAGAUAUGUUGGUAAUUAAGAGACUUUUGUUAGUAAAUAUAUGUGCUCAAACAUUUUCAUAUUUUAUUGAAUGUGUAGGUUAUGCUUUUCUUAAAAAUUGCCAAACUAACAAUUACUAUAUUAUAUCUAUAAUUUAUUUAAUCUGCAAUGUGACAUAUAUGACAUCAUUAUAUAUGUGUUGUUGGAAAUCAACAUUAAUAUGGUAACAAUAUUACUAAAUCCUAGGGGUUAAUUAAUAUUACUAAAAUUAAGUAUUUCAAGUUCCAUCAUUGAUUUUUUAAAGAAAUAUUCCAUUAUUGAAGUAUUAAUUGUUUUUAUGAAUCUAUGCGUAUGUCUAUUUUAUUUCAUUUAAGUAAAAAGGUAAGUUUUAUUUAUAUUUUUAGUAUUGUAAAUCUCAUAGUGUCCAUUAUUUCAACAUUAAUGCUUAUAUUAUUUUUGAUAGUUUCGUUUUUCUUUUAGAAAUACAUUAUUUUAAUUCAAAAUGAAAUUCCAAAUUAAACUAAACGUAGAGUAAUUAAAUAUAUAAAGUUUAGAUAUUUAUUAGCAUAAUCUUUUUAUCAUGUGCGUUAGGUCUGAGAAUCUGUUGGAACCUCUUCCUAAUGAUUCAACAAGACAAUUUAAUAAUAAGGUUGAAAUAUUAAGAAGUCGAAGUUACAUGUAAUAUGAAAGGCUCAAUAUAUUGGUUUAUCUAUGAAUUACUUUAUUUUCCUAUAGCAAAUCUGAUCCCAGUAUUUUUAUUUAAUCGAAUUUAUUCUCAGCAGAGGAUUGUUCCAUAAAAUCAAAUAAAUAGAUUAAUUAAUGAAGAAUGA